GCCUGCUCCUGUUCCUGUCCUACCUGUUGUCUGAUCUCUCUUCAUCUCUGUAACCCACUCCCCUCUCCCAUCGCCAUCAUGGAUAAUCCCAUCUUCUCUGCUAUCAACCAAACCUUCUUUACCGUUGCGCGGGUGGUUGAGGCUGUCCCUGGAUCGGCCAUCGCUAUAAACUACAUCAAAAACUCGUACCAAAACGAUCCCUUUCGUGUGGUGCUCGAGCUCGGUUUGGCCAUCUAUGCCGUCAAGUACAUGCUCUCGAAAAAGUAUCGCAUCGACCACACUCAUAUACCAUUGACAGAGAAGGAAAUUGAUGAGCUCGUCGCAGAAUGGCAGCCAGAGCCAUUGGUCGGACCCAUGUCUGACUUUCAGAAGCUUGAGCUGGAAAGGACGCAGGUUAUCGUUGGUGCGCAAGGACCAAAGCCCAAAGUCCAAUCCUCUGGCAAGAACUUGCUGAACCUUGCCAGUGCCAACUAUCUCGGAUACAUCACCAAUGAAGACAUGAAGGAAAAAGCAAUCGAGACGCUCCACAACUAUGGUGUUGGCUCAUGCGGACCCCCAGGGUUCUACGGCACUCUUGAUGUCCAUAUCAACCUGGAAAAAGAUAUUGCACGAUUCUUGGGCACUGAAUCAUCAAUUAUCUAUGCGCAAGGAUUCUCGACUAUCUCUUCAGUCAUCGCUGCUUUCUCUAAGCGUGGAGACAUCAUCGUCGCUGAUGAGGGAUCUAACUUUGCUAUUCAAAAGGGCGCUCAAAUUUCACGGUCAAACAUCAAGUGGUUCAAGCACAAUGAUAUGGCAGACCUGGAACGCGUUUUGCAAUCGAUCCAAAAGGAAAUCGCCAACAACAAGAAGAAGCACCUGACUCGCCGUUUCAUCGUUACUGAGGGACUAUUCCAAAACUAUGGUGAUAUGGCACCCCUGGAUAAAAUCAUGGAGCUGAAGCACAAAUACAAAUACCGUGUUAUUCUGGACGAGUCCAACUCGUUUGGUCUCUUGGGCAAGACCGGUCGUGGUUUGACUGAGGUGUACAACAUCCCUCCCAAGGAAGUUGAUAUGAUUGUUGGAUCGAUGGCCAACUCUCUGUCGGCUGCCGGAGGUUUCUGUGCAGGACCUAAGGAGGUUGUAGAUCAUCAGCGUCUUUCUGGACAGGCAUUUGUGUUCUCGGCCUCGAUCCCUGCAAUGCUCGCGGUUUGCGCCUCGGAGGCUAUCAAUAUUCUGGAGAGCGGCCAGGGCAACAAGUUGCUGAAGGAAUUGAAUGAGAACGCGGCCGUGUUUCGAAACGUGGUUCUGACGGCCCCUCAGGCAAUCGAGGUCAGCUCCGACGCUGGAUCUCCGAUCUUGCACCUUCGUUUCCCCAAGAGCGCGUUGGCUGCUGUCGGAGUGACCACUAGGGAUGAGGAGAAGUUUUUGCUUCAGGAGGUUGUUGACGAGGUUGCUGUCAAGGAUGGUAUCAUGAUCACGAGGGCCAAGUAUGUCGAGCACCAGGAGAAGUUCUUGCCACGACCAUCGAUCCGUAUUUCCAUGUCUUGCAGCCAUAGCCGCAAGGAGGUCGAGAAGGCAGCACAGGCUGUCAAGGCUGCUUUUGCCAAGGCCGCGUCCAAGCACAAGUGAACGCAUUAUUCUUCUUCCUUCAAUGUAUCCAUGCGCACUCUUCUUACUACGUACCUAUAUACUUAAUAUCUAAUCGCGGUGGAGCCAGCUUGGAGGUAGUCCUUAGUUAGCACUUUAUAUCUUUCAUUCCGACACACCAGAUAAUAAAAUACGUGAUAUCUAUUGCUGU